AUUAAAUGAUAAAUAUUUAUAAUUUAUGAGCAAACUUGAUAAUCUAAAAGUAAAAAGUCUUUAUAUGAAAUCAGAAUCUCUAAAUUUAGUAGCUUAAGGAAGUUAACCCUGGACAUAGUGAUUAGGCAGCAGCAGUAAAGUACACAUCAAAUCGUUUGAAUUUAAUUGAGAAAUUUGUCAGAGAUUCCUUACAUUAAGAUAAAGAAUACUUUGGAAAAGAGGUAAUAUAUUGAAAGAGAAUUUAGAAAAUCACACUUUAAAAUAUUAUAGAAACGUUAACAAUUGAAAGUAAUCGACUAUAAUAACAUUUAUAAGUGAACAGAGAAUAAAAAAAAUCAGUAAUUAUGAUAUAUAUAUCUGUUAGAUUGAAGCAGACCUAAAAAUAUCUCAAGAUGAGAUACAAAGGUUAUAAGCUAUAGUACCUAAGCAUGAUGAAAAAGAACUUCAAAAUAAUAUUUAAGAGGCUAAAAAGAAAAUUGUAGGUUUGAAUAAAAUGAGAUAGGAUGAUGCUAAUUCAUUGAAUAUUAAUGACUUAAGUAAUUGUAUUAUAUAAUGAUAGAGUAAUUAAAUAUAAAGAAUAAAGACAAAGAAAGUCCUGUUAAUGAGUUAUGGAUAUGGACGUUAGUUGUUAUUUAUAAAGAACCAGCCUCAAGUUAUUAUUGGAACAAUUUCAAAGUUGAUUUAUAUUUAAUAUCUUUUAAGGAAUAAGUAUUCGAGAAGCCUGAAGGAUCUUAAGACUUCAAAGAAAGAUUAGGAAAAGUGAAAGCUGUAGAUAUGAAAAAAGAUGAAUUUGAAAGAACUUAAAAUUUAAUAAAACAGAAGGAUUAGAUAAUAUCUUCUAAUAUUUUAACACCAGCAAUCUAAGCUUAAAUUAAGAUCAUCUUUAAGAUUGUAGAAUUAAUGAUUGAUGUAGAGAAGUAAUCCAAAGAGAUUCAUGAUAAUGAGAAGUUAUUACAGACAGUAUAUUUUUUUAUAUUAUUUUUAGCAUGCUCUUGAAAAGUAAAAAAUUUAAUCAGAAACUAACAAGAAUUAGGAUAAAGCAAAAAUUUUAUAGGAUAGAAUAACCUUUUUAGAUACAAUACAUAAGGGUUAUUAAUUUAUGCAUGAUGCUAUGACCAAAAAAAUUCAUAGUUAUCAAUAAGCUUAAAUUUUAAAUGAUAAAUUUACAGAAUAAAUAGAAUCUAGCUUUAGCAAUUUAGAUUUCUCUAAAAGUUAUAAUCAAGUUUUAUUUUUAAAUCUAUUUUUAGUAAUAUGUUCCAUAAAUUGUGGAAACAAUAUAACAUGAAAAUAUUGAUAUUUAAGAGAAUUAACAAUAAGAAAUUAAAUAGGUUGUUGUUGAAGAAGAACAAUAAUAAAUAAUUUAAGAAUAACAACAGGUUAUUGAAGUUAAAUAAAAUUUACCAGAACAAUAGAUUGAUUUGUAAUAAUAACUUAAUUAUAAUAUUUUAGGUAAUAGCAAGCACCAACAGAGAUUAUACAAACAAAAACAGGAGGUUGUGAAGCUUGUAAUGUCUUUUGA